AGAUGCAUUAUGGGUAAUGUAGUUUAAUCAGCGUGGCCGUACAAUACCGAUGCGUUGUAUCUGUGUGCAAUAUUCACUACAUGUCCCACAAGGACUUUAAAUACGUAUCAAUUCACGUGUCCUUUUCAAAACAAGUUACUUUGCUAAUGUGUUUUUGUUCUGUGGCUUACUUGGGAGCAAAGUGACACCAUACCACCGUGUUUUAUUAUUAUUUUUUUUUUACAGGCAAUGGUGAACCAGUGAACCAGAAGAGGUCAUGGAGGAUGACGGGAAACCUCUGCUGGGUUCAAUUCAAGCAGGAGAUAACUACUCGGACCAGGUGGACUUUCUGGACUCCAGACAAAGAAGGCCUUUCCAUGUGGAGCCCAGGAACAUCGUGGAGGACUCAACUCAGGAGCGAGUGUCUGCUGAGGCUUCAGUGCUGAACAGCAGAGUUCAUUACUAUGGCCGCCUGGCUGCGUCAUCAGAUAGGCUGCUGGCUCCUCCUGACCAUGUGAUCCCUCCACCUGAGGAGCUCUACAUUUACAGUCCUCUGGGGACAGCGUUUAAAGUGCAAGGAGAGGGAACUGCCAAAAACCCUAGUAUUGUCACUAUUUUCGCUAUCUGGAAUACGAUGAUGGGAACGUCCAUACUGAGCAUGCCAUGGGGAAUAAAGCAGUCUGGGUUCACACUGGGAAUCAUCAUCCUCAUCUUAAUGGGCUUACUCACACUCUACUGUUGUUACAGAAUUCUGAAGUCCACCAAAUCAAUACCUUAUAUAGAUACCUCAGACUGGGAGUUUCCUGACGUGUGUAAAUAUUACUUUGGGCGAUUGGGACAGUGGUCGAGUUUGUUAUUUUCCAUGGUAUCGCUGCUUGGGGCGAUGGUGGUCUACUGGGUGCUUAUGACCAACUUCCUGUUUAACACCGGCAAAUUCAUCUACGACUAUGUUCACCACAUGAAUAUUUCUGAUUCAGAGUUUGGCACAAAUGGAACAGACAGAGUGGUUUGUCCAUACCCAGAUGUGGAUCCACAUAAGAACAGCAGCAUUAGCCUGCAUUAUGUCAGUGAUAACAGUACAGACACAGCGUUGUUUGACCACUGGUGGAAUAAAACCCAAACUAUCCCUUUCUACCUUAUUGUGCUGCUUCUGCCGCUGCUCAACUUCCGCUCGGCAUCCUUCUUCGCCAGGUUCACCUUUCUGGGCACUAUUUCAGUGAUCUACCUCAUCAUCCUGGUCACCGUUAAAGCUUUUCGGCUAGGCUUUCACCUGGAGUUCCAUUGGUUCGAUUCCACCGAUUUUUUCAUCCCAGAGUUCAGAAUCUGGUGUCCUCAACUCACUGGUGUUCUCACUCUGGCCUUCUUCAUCCACAACUGCAUCAUCACCCUCAUGAAGAACAACAAGAAUCAGGAGAACAACGUUCGAGAUUUGUCCUUGGCUUACCUUUUAGUAGGUCUAACAUACCUCUAUGUGGGAGUUAUGAUCUUUGCUUCUUUUCCUUCUCCACCACUGUCUAAGGACUGCAUCGAACCAAACUUUCUGGAUAACUUUCCCAGCAGUGAUGUAAUGGUGUUUGUGGCUCGAGCCUGUCUGCUGUUCCAAAUGACCAGCGUCUACCCGCUGCUGGGUUACCUGGUUCGGGUGCAGCUGAUGGGCCAUUUCUUUGGUGAUCACUACCCAAGUUUUUUCCAUGUCUUUGUCCUGAACAUCCUCCUUGUGUCUGCUGGGUUCCUAAUGGCCAGGUUUUAUCCAAACAUUGGAUCCAUUAUCAGGUACUCGGGGGCGACAUGUGGUUUGGCUCUGGUGUUUGUCUUCCCCUCAGCUGUCCAUCUGAAGGCCCUGAAACGUAGCGGUGAAUUGCGCUGGCCCUCUGCUUGCUUCCACAUCCUUCUCAUCGUGCUCGGAGUGGCCAACCUCCUGGCCCAGUUUUUCAUGUAGUACCAUCACAUUGUUCUCUGGCACAUGUUCUUACAGUUGUAGUUCUGGUUUUGGCACCUAGGUGGCGGUACUGCACAUCACUUAGGUGGUUUCAGCAAAGAAAUCCAGCUACUUUGGCCAAAGUCACCUUUGUUUGAAAUUGAGCCCUGUAAGUAAAUGUUACUGACUGAAAAUCAACCAUUAGCAUGGUUGUGUUUGAGUUUAUUUUUAAUUAAAUUAUAUUAAAAGAUUCAACUGCCAAGGAAUGUUUAAGUAUCGUUCUUCCUCCGUGGCCGAUUAUUCCACAGAGAGGAGCUCUGUGUGAUCAGAGCAGGUAUAAUCUGGACGUCCCAUUUAACAGACAGGUGACUAUAAUCACCUGAGGAGUUAUCACUUGUAUUUCAACUGCACUGUUUCAAAUGCUGCAUUGUUUUACUGUUUGUUUUUAACGCAGAUUUGAACAUGAUUUGAACGCAUGUCUCUGGGUUCACAAUUUCAAACUGUGAACUGAACAGAAUGUUCAGGUCCCACACCGACGGUUUUAUUUUUGUACCCGUUUUCUGUAUUUGUGCACUCCGUUUCUCUGAACGUUGCGCUGAACAUUUUGUAAUUUUACAGUUUUGACACCCUUCAUAAAAAUGAGCAAAAAUGAAUACAAUCAUUACACACAGUAAUUCUUAAAAACAAGCGUACAAAAUUUCUCAUUGGAACUACUUUUUGAAAAUAAGAGACUUGUGUGUGAAAAUCCCAGGAAAUCAGCAGUUUCUGAAAUACUCAUAUUCAGCCCAUCUGGUACCAACAUCCAUGCCAUGGUUAAAGUCUCCGAGAUCACACUUUUUCCUCGUUCUGAUGUUUGAUGUGAACUUCAAGCUCUUGACAUGUAUCUGUAAUGAUUUUUUUUUUUUUUGCAUUGUGCUGCUGCCACAUGAUUGGCUGAUUAGAUAACUGCAUAACUGUACAAGUGUAUAUUAUCUACAACUAUUUAUUUUUCCUUUGCUCUCCUCCCCCAGGUUAACCUUUUAACCAUGACCUAUUUCCCUCGAGUGUAAAUAAGAGCUUGUGCAGAUGUAAAAUCCUUUUGUCAUUCAUUAGUGCGUGGGGGGAAAAACCUAACCUCUCCCAGCACAAAAGAGACCUUUGGUUGUUGACCCACAACAAUAAAGGUUAUACAAAUAUAUAAGCAGGUAUACAUGCCAUAAAGCACAAUGAAGGCCAUAACAAAACGGUUUGGACUUCUGAAACAGGUGUAAUGAAUUGGACGCAUGAGCACGCGGUCUCCUCUCACGGUGAGGAGGAUGAUGGAGGGAAUAAAGGGCCUGAAGAUCACAGUUUUAGAGUUGUACAAUCAAGUUUCAAAAUCAACCCCUUUAAACACCAAUUCACACUAGCCAGCUACACAGAGUCAAAUGAAAAGCCAAAAGCCACAUAUUUUAGGCCCUAUUGAAAUAUUUACCUCAUUGAAAGGCAUUUUGUAGAUCUCUGGCUUUGUUGUAAAUACAUGCCAAGCGAGGAUUUAUUUAAUUUUUUUUGCCCAGGAGAAUGUAGUGUUUAAUUGACUGAUCUUUUUUUGUAAUGUAUCUUUAAGGGCAAUUGCUCUGUAAUUAUAACGUGUCAGAGAUUGACAUUUUAUGUAAUAUAAAUAUCUUGGUACUUAGUAGAAUUGAUUGAGUAGCAUUAAUUAUACACCUCCUAUAUUUUACACUGUGAAAGACACUGUAAAAUAUAGAGGUGCAUCAUUAAUGCUACUCAUUCAAUUCUACUAAGUACUAGGAUAUUUCAGCCUAAAGUCGCGUUCAAAGAACGCGAAACGAUCGGUCGCUUUUGGCUUAUUCACGCCUGCACGAUAGGUGGCGCUGACCGAGAACGCAUUUUACACCUCCACUCUAGGGGGCACAACCCACUGUUCAGCUGAUCGGCCUAUCGUCUUUAACCACCGAGCAGAGGAAUCGCUUAAAUGUUGGCGCGUAGCACCACAAGGCGCACAGACUGUUAACGCCGGGUUGCCUCUAGCAGGAGGUUCACACUUGGCCAUAGAUAGAGCUUUCAACAAGAUGAUAAGCCAAACAUACUUCCAAAUCAUCGUAAAUAAACACAGUCUGUGUUGUAAAUCAAAGAGGAAAGUCCAAAUGUGCAAAACCUCCAAACAUCUUUUACAUGAGUCUCGGACUUUGUUAGACAUUGCAGGAAUAAACUUGGUGUUAUUCUUUACAAGAUAUUAAGUGUAAGGUUGCUGAUAAUGUUGACAUCAGUGUUUUGUUUUGUUUUUGUUUUUUUUGGGGGGGUGCACUAAUUUUUGUUUCUAAAGGAACCCCACACACAAAAACAAACAACCAACUAACUUAUGGUAGAUUAUUGUUUUUUUAAAAAAAUAUAUAUAUAUAAAAUUGCGCUCAUUUUCACGAAGGGUGCCAAUAUUUCUGGAGAUGCGCAUUAACCUAUCAAGCUAUCGACUAUUACAAUGAGUGGUGUAUUGCAAUGUGAAACUGUUUAAUGGUAAUGUAUUGAAGAAUGGAUGAAGAAAGGGAUAUAAAUGACCCGAGUGUAAGUGCUGACAUCCUUUAGUAGUGGCUAUGCCGUGAUCUCGCUACUCUCUGGAUCUAUAUAAAGAUGCUCAUGUUCUUCUUUGAUGACUUUCAUUUGUCAACGUUGCAGCAUUAGAAAUUCAUGCGUGUCUUCAGUGAUCAGGUACAGAUUUACGACGCUGACAUUUUGUUGGGUUGCAGAGUUUUAAUUUGCACAUCAGAGGAAUUUUCAUAGUUUAAGUUGCUUGGAAAGUUGUGUAAGUUGUGUACAAGCCAUAUAGCUCACGCUCUUGUUUGCAUUUUUAAUACAUUUAAUAAAACCUGUAUAAUUGUAUAUAAUGACUGUUUUUGAUCUUUUAAGCUCUGUUUCUGAGUAAGUAAUGUUUUAGUGUAGAGUAUUUGAUC